AUGCAGGCCCUCAGCCUCCUGCUGCUCGUCCUGGGCCUGCUGCUCGGCCCGGCCUCCGCGCUCGUCAGGAUCCCGCUGCACAAGUUCACGUCCAUCCGUCGGACUCUGUCUGAGGUUGGCGGCUCCGUGGAAGACCUGAUCGCCAAGGAGCCCAUCAGGAAAUACUCCUAUGGGGGCCCUGCUGCGACUGGGGGGCCGGUCCCAGAGAUGCUCAAGAACUACAUGGAUGCCCAGUACUAUGGGGAGAUCGGCAUUGGGACGCCGCCCCAGUGCUUCACAGUCGUCUUUGACACCGGCUCCUCCAACCUGUGGGUCCCCUCAGUUCACUGCAAGCUACUGGAUAUCGCCUGCUGGAUCCACCACAAAUACAACAGUGCCAAGUCCAGCACCUAUGUGGAGAACGGGACCACCUUCGACAUCCACUAUGGCUCAGGCAGUCUCUCUGGGUACCUGAGCCAGGACACCGUGUCGGUGCCCUGCCAGAUGCUCUCGGAGCCUGUGAAAGGUGUCAGGGUGGAGCGGCAGGUCUUCGGGGAGGCCACCAAGCAGCCGGGCAUCACGUUCAUUGCAGCCAAGUUUGACGGCAUUCUGGGCAUGGCCUACCCCCGCAUCUCUGUCAACAACGUGGUCCCCGUCUUCGACAACCUCAUGAAACAGAAGCUGGUGGACAAAAACAUGUUUUCCUUCUACCUCAACAGGGACCCGGAAGCCCAGCCCGGAGGUGAGCUGAUGCUGGGUGGUAUCGACUCCAAGUAUUACAAGGGCUCCGUGAACUUCUUGAAUGUCACCCGCCAGGCUUACUGGCAGAUCCACAUGGAGAGUGUGGACGUGGGCAAUGGGCUAACCCUGUGCAAGGGCGGCUGUGAGGCCAUUGUGGACACGGGCACGUCCCUGAUGGUGGGCCCCGUGGAGGAGAUCACCGAGCUGCAGAAGGCCGUGGGCGCCGUGCCGCUGAUCCAGGGCGAGUACAUGAUUCCCUGUGAGAAGAUUCCCAACCUGCCCCCCGUCUCCCUGAAGCUGGGGGGCAAGGACUACGUGCUUUCACCAGAUGAUUACGUUCUCAAGGUGUCGCAGGCCGGAAGGACCAUCUGUCUGAGCGGCUUCAUGGGCAUGGACAUCCCCCCGCCCGGCGGGCCGCUCUGGAUCCUGGGUGACGUCUUCAUCGGCCGCUACUACACGGUGUUCGACCGGGACAACAACCGCGUGGGCUUUGCUGAGGCUGCCAAAGUCUAG